AUGAAAGAACUGGCUCAUAAACUCUCCAGAAGUUUCGAUAUGAAAGAUGACCAGAACCUCCUGGAAGUUGAAGGUGGCAUGAGACGUCACCAAUCCAUGCAGAGAUUAGCGAGAGAUGGUAUGCCAGACACUCGAGACUCCGCAAGAGUAGUCCAAGAUGACGAGGGCAACCUGAGAAUAACCGUGAAAAAAACAAAACCAAUACUGGGAAUCGCUAUCGAAGGGGGAGCUAACACGAAACAUCCAUUGCCGAGGAUCAUCAAUAUCAAUGAAAAUGGAGCUGCUUUCUACGCAGGCGGACUCGAAGUGGGCCAGCUGAUCCUGCAAGUGGAUGGCACCCGCGUCGAGGGUCUUCAGCACCAGGACGUGGCCCGCCUGAUCGCGGAGUCUUUUGCCCGACGCGACCGAGAAGAGAUCGAAUUCCUUGUGGUGGAGGCAAAAAAGAGCAACAUGGAGCCGAAACCGACGGCCCUCAUAUUCCUCGAAGCCUAACAUUUGCUUAGCCUCCCCCCUAGCGACCCCCCGGGGCCGAGUAAUUUCACCGACUGAAUUAAUUUGCGAUCUAUUACAUAUCAUGUAUCAUAAAACACGGUUUGAUCGAGUCGGAGGCAAAUCGAUUACUGACGAUGUGACGAUGGCCAGCGAAACGUUCGAAUGGUGUUGUAGUUAUGGUAGAAAAGGAAAACGUUUGGGUGUUUUACAGUACGGCCGUGGCUACAAUACGAAGUAUCGUUGGUCACUUUGAUUAUAUUUUGAGUCUUCGUUCUUUUUCUAGUUUGACGACCUGAGUAAUUAUUGUGCAAUCAAUAUAAGAUCCCAUAGCAGUCAAGCUUACCUCAAAUCAGCAAAUCAGCAAAUCAGUGUCGUGUUUAUAGUCAAGAAAUAUUUUUUAUGAAAGCGGGUGGUUUUUACAGCUAUCAGGAAGUGCAUUCCUAACCUCUCGCGAUGUGCGCUCGAGUUUCAAUGUACCAAUGGCAGAUCACUGCAAUUGCAGAAAGCCCUUUAUCUACGAUUGUGCAAAAAUUUUGUCCAUUUCUGAAUACGUUAAUAUAAAUUUUCUAUGAUUUCUCAUCAAAUACGACAAACAUAUUUCUUUGUGAAUUCCCAAAUAACUAUAGACCAGAGAGAAAGCCGUAAACCAUCACCAAUAUGGCUUUC